UAUAGACCUUUCAAUUAACUAUCGUAUGGGCUUCUUGAAGAGUAGUUACUAGUAUACUCAGUACUCUCCAGCGUAGAUUUAUAUCCUCGUCGUCGCUCUGGCAACCCGCCCGGCGGCACAUCGCGAUCCAGACGCCUCAGCGGGGCGCAAUCGUGGAGAACAACUGAUCGAAUGGCGUCACAACAGCAUCCGUUCCUUUCUCAUCGACCCUCUUUCUUCGUCUGAUCCUUCGCCGGGCCUUCUUCACGUUUUGCGCUUCGCGAUCGGUAAACGCGCAACGACCUUGACCUGUCUAUAUCACUUUCGCACUGUCAGACACUAUCUAGUAUCUACUGCAAUGGCAUCGUUCACGAUUAAUGCGCGGUCAAGAGCCCCGUUCAAGCCCCGUUCCGCCGCCAAGGGGACAAGUAGCUACCAACUGAGGCAGUUCGCAGAGGCAACGCUUGGGAGCGGUAGUCUCAGAAAGGCAGUGAGACUACCCGAGGGCGAGGAUCUGAAUGAAUGGCUGGCUGUCAAUGUUGUCGAUUUCUACAACCAGAUCAACCUUCUCUACGGCUCGAUCACCGAGUUCUGUUCACCACAGUCAUGCCCGGAGAUGAAAGCGACAGACGAGUUUGAGUACCUCUGGCAGGACUCAGAGAACUUCAAGAGGCCCACAAAGAUGUCCGCCCCGGACUACAUCGAACACCUCAUGAGCUGGGUUCAAAGCAACAUUGAUAACGAGCAGAUGUUUCCCAGCAGGAUUGGUGUCCCUUUCCCUAAGGCGUUCCCUAGUUUGCUUCGCCAGAUCUUUAAGCGUCUGUACCGCGUGUAUGCGCACAUCUACUGCCAUCACUAUCCCGUUGUCGUCCACCUGGGGCUCGAGCCGCAUCUCAACACGAGCUUCAAGCACUAUGUCUUGUUUGUUGACGAGCAUCGGUUGGCAAUUGGGAAAGACUUCUGGGGGCCAUUGGGUGACUUGGUGGACAGUAUGUUGCGGAGUGAUUAGCUCAUGUUUCAUGCUCACACAGUGCCUGUGUAAAAUCGAGACGGAGCAACGGCGUUGGGAGUUUGAAUCAGACUUGAUGUUAGUGUUCUCUAGGUGUUAUAGAGGCGUUUAUAUCAUAAAAUGAGAGGAUGAAGUAAUAGCAGAUAGCCAUAACUCCAAGUCUUCAAGUGAAAGGAUGAAGCCGGAAAAGAA